AUUGUGAGAAAUUGCUUUCCUUUGACUGUCAGAGAAGACACAGAACUCAAAGGGGUCAUCUUCGUGAUAGACGAUCUCUAGACGUAAAGUGGAAAGUUCUACGUUGUGCGCAUGCGCUCCCCGGGAUUAAUGUCAGGGCACAAAAGUGGCGCUACACCGUUUCAAGAUCUUCUCCGGUGGUUGCCUUAGUGAUGGAUGGGGAGACAGAACCAAAUUCUGUUGUGGGAGAAAAGGCAGAGGAGCUGGUGGAGCCCAUGGACGCCACUCCUUUCCCCCAGCAACAGACCUCACCUCCUUCCGAAGAGUCUGGGGAGACGGUUGCCAAAGUAACCGGAGAAAAAACCCCAAAGGAGGGCAACACAGAGGACAAUGAUGAUGAUGUGGUUCUCGUAGGAGAAGAGGCUCCCCAGGUUUCUCCCACACCCUCCCUCCAGGACACGCCCAGCACAGACUGCUUAAAGGCGGCCUCAGGGGCAGAAGAGGACAUUGCCACGGCAGAGAUGGUUUCCAAAACUUCCCCUUCCCCUGUGUCUUCCAACGCAUCCGCGGUGGCGGCACCUCAGAAGCCUCCCAACGCAGAGCCAGAGCCCAUCGUGAUUGAAGAUGAGGAGGACACUGAACAGAAAGAUGCUUCCCCCUCACCCAUCACCCGAGGAUGCUCCUCUGCGUCCCACUCUCCUGCUCCACGCAGCGGCUCUGAGCCGGAUUCAGACAUUAAGAUCGCCAGUGUCACCACUCUAGAUUCUAGCAGCCAGAAAGAGAGCGGCAUGCUGUCUGCAGUAAACACACCUCCACAUUCAGAGGACACCCAGACAGACCUCAACCUGAUGAUAACCUCAGUGACAUCCCUGCAAGGAGGAACGUCUGCCAUCAUAACGGCAGUUGAAGGCCAGGCAGAGGAAAAUGGUCUGCAAAUCAGCAGCACCUUCAGCCUGAAUCCUGACACCCCGUCUUCUCGACCAACUGCUUCCUUUAACCCAGGGCGGGGCUCUGGCUCCAUCGGCCAGCUUGUUCAGAAUGGAGACUCUGAGACGCACAACAGAACAGAUUUAUGGAUCUCCCAGUCAGCUUCAGUUCCUCGUAACCAAAAGCAGACGGGGGUGGACUCUCCGUCAUCAGCCACUUCUCUUCCCAGAUCUGCAGGCCAGUCCUCCUCAUCCACUUCUUCUGGCACCCAGCCACAGACCAGGACAGUCAAGGUCACCUGUGCCAACUGCAAAAAGCCUCUGAAGAAAGGUCAAACGGCCUACCAGCGGAAAGGCUCCACACACCUGUUCUGCUCCACCACCUGUCUGUCUGCCUUCUCCCACAAACCUGCACCCAAAAAAAGCUGCACCAUGUGCAAAAAGGACAUUACAAACAUGAAGGGUACAAUCGUGGCUCAGGUCGACUCCAGCGAGUCCUUCCAGGAAUUCUGCAGCACCGGUUGCUUAGGUGCCUACGAGAACAAGCAAAACCCUCCUAAAUCAGGCCUCAAAACAAAAUGCACUGUCUGCGGCAAACUCACAGAGAUCCGCCAUGAGGUCAGCUUUAAAACUGUGACCCACAAGAUCUGCAGCGAUGCGUGCUUCAACAUCUACCGCAGGGCAAACGGGCUGAUCAUGAACUGCUGCGAGCAAUGCGGCGACUACCUGCCCAGCCGGGCGUCAGCCAAUCACUUUCUGCUGGUGGAUGGUCAGCAGAAACGCUUUUGUUGCCAGAACUGUAUCAGGGACUAUAAACAGGCUCACAGUUCACUUGCGACCUGCAUGAGUUGCAAAACAUUGAUCAAGACAGGUGAAGUGAUCCAAAGCCUUGGAGCGGCUGGGACCACAAGUUCUUACUGCUCUGUCAACUGUAUGAACAAAGGCAAGCUGACUUCAACUCCCUUCCUUAACACAGAACCCACAUGUCACUUCUGCAAAAGAAAUUCCUUGCCGCAGUACCAGGCCACUCUGGCAGAGGGCAGCAUCCUGAACUUCUGCAGCUCUCAGUGUGUAAGCAAGUUUCAGAAUGCUACUCUUCAAACAACUACCAAUGGACAGGCGCCGCUUUGCACAACAAACAACACCAUCCAGCUGAAAUGUAACUACUGUCGAGGAGCGUUCAACCUAAAGCCAGAAAUCCUGGAGUGGGAGGAUAAGGUCUACCAGUUUUGCAGUAAGACGUGUUGUGAGGACUACAAGAAGCUUCACUGCAUUGUGACGUUUUGUGAGUACUGUCAGGAGGAGAAGACGCUCCAUGAGGUGGUCAAGUUCUCUGGGGUCAAGAGACCAUUCUGCAGUGAAGGCUGUAAGCUGCUAUAUAAACAGGAUUUCAUCAACCGGCUGGGUCUGAAGUGUGUCAGCUGUAACCACUGCAAUCAGUUAUGCAAAAGAGCCGUGACUCAGCAGCUUGGAGGCAUGACUCGGGACUUCUGCAGUGAGGCUUGCUCCAAGAAGUUUCACGACUGGUACUACAAGGCAGCACGAUGCGAUUGCUGUAAGGUACAGGGAAACCUGACCGAGUCUGUGAUGUGGAGAGCGGAGAUGAAGCAUUUCUGUGAUCAGGACUGCCUGUUGAAGUUCUACUGUCAGCAGAACGAGCCCAUCAUGGUCACACAGAAAGGGCCAGAAAACACCAGUACAGGAUUAGAAGCACAAGGAGCCAAACUUGGACAUGUAAACCAGAGUACUGCAGCCUACUCGGGUGGGGGUCUUAUGAGAGAUGUGAAGAACAAGGCAGUUCUCUGCAAGCCGCUUACCCUGACCAAAGCCACCUACUGCAAGCCUCACAUGCAGAGCAAGCUGCUGCAGACGGAUGUAGAUGAUGGUGUUAAGAGGGAGUACAUUCCUGUUCCUAUACCUGUGCCUGUCUUCAUUCCUGUACCCAUGAAUAUGUAUGCCCAGGUCACCCCAGCUCCCGUCUCUCUGCCUGUACCGCUUCCUGUGCCUGUGUUUCUGCCCACCACCUUGCAAGGGGCAGAACAGAUCGUUCAGACCAUCAAAGACAUGAAAAAAGAGGAUUCCUCUGAUCCUGCAGAGGCCAGUCUGUUCUCUUCAGCAGAGAAGAUCACAGAUGAUCAGAAACCAGAUGUGAAACCAGUGAAGAUAAAAAAGGAACGGCAAAGACACAAAUCCUCCAGCAGCAGCAGGAGCAGCGGCAGCAGCAGUAGCUCUGACAUAGGGGAAGAGCAGGAGGAUGACAAAUAUGAGCCUGACUUGGACUUGGAAGCAGACUUCCUUCAAGCCUCAGAUCCUGCCCCGGUUCUUGAAGGAAUGGAUGAGGAAAUGAGCUUCUCUUUACCCCCCAUCCUGUCAGAUGAGAAAGAUGAGCUUGAAGAAUCCACUCCACGACCACAACCAAGGAGACUCGGAAGUAAAAGGCGGGCAUUGGAGGAAAACUCAACGUCAUCCACCUCUUCUAGUCCAAAUAACAAGCCCUCUAAAGGACAUUCGUUGCCUCUUAAAGCUCGCUAUGGCGUCAAUGCUUGGAAACGCUGGGCGUUAUCUUUUAGUGACAAAUCUGAAGACACCAAAGCAGCUGAAAACACCAAACCCGUACGACCUAAAAGUAAUCUUCUGACUCUGAGUCCAGAGGAGUUGAAUGCAGCUCUGUCCAAAUUUGUCAAGGAAGUCUGCAGGCCCAACGGGGAACGCUACUCUCCAGACAGUAUGCUCUACCUCUGCUUGGGGAUCCAGCAGCACCUUUACGCCAAAGGACGCAAACUCGACCUCUUCAGUGAUCCAUGCUUCCAGCAGUUCGGAGAGGAGCUGAACAAAGUCCUAAAAGACUGGCAGCCCAGUGUGCUUCCUGAUGGCUCACUAUGGGGUCGAGUGGAGGAGCAAAGUCUGUGGAGCAGCCAGCACCUGGGGGAGCAGAGUCCCGCCACGCUGCUGCGCUCCCUGGUUUACCUGAACACCAAAUACUUUGGCCUGCGCACCGUGGAACAGCAUCUCCGCCUCUCCUUCGCCAACGUCUACGGCCCUGACACGGUCCAUCCUGUCACCAAGGAGAGCACGGUCUGCAUCCGCGUGCCCUCCAUCAGUCAGGAUCACCAUGUGCAAACAGAGUCUAGGAAGAGGAAGCGCAGCCUAAAGGAUGGCGAGCAGGAGGACGAGGACACGGGCAGCUCCUCAAUACGGUGUCCUGUAAAGAAACACGAGUGUCGUCUCUAUGAGAUCUACAGAUCCAAAUGUCCACCGUCAUUGUGGGAGCAUCAUGGCGUCUUCUACAUGCAGCCGGAUCCAGCCUGCAGCCCAGAGACUCAGUUAUGGUUCAGCUCUGCGCCCCUGGAAAGACGGAUCCUGGAGAGCCUCCUCACUCGAGUGCUUCUGGUCAGGGACAUUUACACAGACAAGGAACACUUGGAGGUGGAGGAGGAGGAAGAGGGAGAUCAGGGGGAGGAGGAUGGAGGGAAGUAGCAGAACCAGAGGAAAAUGUGCGUUUCAUCAAACAUGUUUCUGUUGCCCGUCAUUGUCUCUUAAAAGAUGUCUUAUGUUGAUGAGAGGAUGUUCACAACAUGGUGGAUGAUGGUUGUGGUGGUGAUGAUUUGCCUCUGGAAGGAGGUCAGAAAAGGGAUCGGCACAAAUCCACGAUAUUGAGUGACGUGAGGAGAUGUGAAGUCAAGCUGUAAUGUUUGCUGACGGAGAUGGGAGGUUUAGGACUCGCUUUAGGAAUUCACGACAACCUCUCAGAGAAACAUGUUUUCUGUAUUUGUACGAGCAGCUUUAUGUUGAAAGUUCACGAUAGGAUGUUUUCGGAUUGAAUCGGAGAUGCAGCAUUCAGAUUAAGGUGAAGGAAAAAUUACAUUUCCUAAAAAUCAUCCCUCAUUCAGUCUUUCAGCUUUUAAAUGAGGUAGAAUUAUGACUGACGGGUUUUGAAAAUGAACUUACUCAUUUACAAGAUGCAUUUUUUAUACACAAACCUUUUCAUUCCAAUGACGGAGUGUUUUAGGUUUAAGGUUCCUGCAGUUUCCAUGUCACUGAAUUAGCGUUAUUGGUAAAAAAAAAACAACCAACAUCUGCAAUACUUAAUCAGCAAAACCAAAGGUGCUUUACAGACGGUUCAGCUCCGAUAUUCUAAUGGGAGACAAAGUAAUGGGUCUGGAAUGUAAAGCCUUCACCUCCAGGUUUUACAGAGACUCACAGCUCAAACUUUGCUUUGGAAAUGGGGUAAUAAUAGUCUUCACCAGUGUUGUUAAACUGCAGAAUUUAUCUCCAGUUCCCAGCCCCAUCAACACGUGUCAGCCUUUAAUAUGCGUCACGUUUCUAGAGGGACAUCAAACCACAUGAACUACCCACUGAGCGGCGCUGCUGUCAUGUCCCGCCUCCUGUUCUUCCUCUGUCAGGGCUGCUCUCAGGCUAAAACGUUGCUCCACAGAAGACUCCAGUCAAGACUGUUUCCUGCUGGAGGAGGUUGCCUAUCCACAUGCUGCGUUUCUUUGUAGGACAUAACGGGAGGCCUCGUUCCUGCGAUGUAGCAUUACCAGCGUACCAAGCCCAGAUUGGGUUCUUUCCAUGUGUAAAUAUAUUCGAAAAGGGGAGGAGUCAACAAAGGAGCUGUGUAGUUUUGAAUAAAUAAAACCUUAGUUUGCAAAGUGACCUGUUGCAGAGCUUUUUCUUAACAUUAUUUAUUUGCUUUUAGUUUGUUUUAAAUGGUUGUAUUUUUGUAAGCAGUUUUCUUCCCCCUUUAUACGAGCGAUGAUGAUGGUGAUGAUCCAGUUAAAUAUGAAGGAUUACUCCAAUUUGUGGAACUAGUUUAAAGACUUUCACAUUUGGCUGUUUAUGUAGUUUCACUCAUUCCGUUGAGUUAGAUUUUUUUUUCAUGAUCUUUAGAAAUAUUUUUGUCAAGCUAUCCUUGCAUUUAUUUUAUUUUAGUUUAACUAUGCGUUAUAUAAAAUGUUGUCGUGCCAUCAACUUCUUUAUUUUCCCUCCUUUUGAAUGAUGUGACUGGUGCACCUGGUUAUUUACGAGCUCCUUGCUGAACAGACUCCUCCUCCUCCCUCCCGAGUUGGACCUUCAUCUGAAGCUGUGACCUCCACCUUCUCCCCCUUUGAACCGCGCUUCUCCCUAAAACCUGCCGUGGACAUAGGAGGACACUACAGAUGAGGGGUUCUGAUCAACGUGUGGCUAGACUGACCCUGGUCAGAGGAUGCUGGUUUACCAGACCAGCGCCCCCUGCUGGACUGAGGCGGCUUCAGCAGACGCUGCGGCUGGCUUUAACGCCUAAUGUGAAUGUGCCUACCUGUAAAUACUGAAAGUGAGUGAUUGUGACUUGAAUCUGAACUGUGGGCUCUUCUGCUGAUGUGGUUGUUUAAUAAAUGACUUUGUUUUCUA